AUGUUGUUGGCCGAUAGCAUCCUCUUUAACGCAACCACCAAAGCGAGCGCUUGCUGCGGUGACCUUGGGUGCUUUGACACAGCCAGCCCUUUUUUCGAUGCAGUCAACCGACCAGUAAGCUCUCUCCCGCUCUGCUCCCUAACCCCGCUUUUGAAAAUGCGACUGAGCACACGAAAGAAUCCCGAUAGUCAGCAAACACAAAUUCUGAAUCCUGACGAUACAAAGACCAUUCAGCAAUCCUUUUUUGACCCUGCUAAGAAGACUUUCAUUCUGAUUCACGGAUUUAGCGAUAGUUUUCACUAUGCCUGGUGGCAGAAAAUCGUAGAGGAGCUGCUGGAAAACGGAGAUUACAACGUUAUGAGGAUGGAUUGGUCUGCCGGCAACCAAGUUCUUUAUGCUCAAGCCACCGCCAACAUCCGCUUAGUGGGAGCGUACGUGGCCAAAUUUCUCAUACAUCUACAAUCACAGUACCGAGUCGAUCCUUCAAACGGAGUCCACUUAGUGGGACACAGUCUCGGUGCACAUGGCGCCGGAUAUGCAGGAAGUAUUAUGCGAAGGAAGGGAUUUCCUCUUGGUCGCAUCACGGGACUUGAUCCGGCAGGUCCAUAUUUUACCAAUACUGAUGCGGCCGUACGGUUGGAUCCCACUGACGCUAUGAUUGUCGACACGAUAAUUACGGAUGGGGAAUCGACUAUCCUAACUGGCAGCUAUGGCUCGCCCCAACCUAUGGGUCACAUAAAUUUUUUGCCUAAUGGUGGACUUCGGCAACCUGGCUGCGAGAAAGGAUUGUUCCACGUUACAACUAUGGAUACCAGCACUUUUAAUCUAAUUGGAUUGGCUGAAGCAGCCGCUUUCGAACUGAUUUGCUGCAGUCAUUCUCGGGCCAUUGCUCUAUACACAGAAAGCAUCAAUUCCAAAACCUGUGCCAUGACCUCUCACCGGUGCGACAAUUACGAAAAGUUUCGGAGAGGCGAAUGUAAUUCCUGUGCGGAUGACAACUGCGCCGUGCUGGGAUUCAACGUGGAAACAAACCGGGCACAGCCCAACUCAAUUCUGAAUUACUACACUGUUACUGCCAGGAAGUCACCUUUCUGUUUAUCCGAUGCAGCAAAAACUGAGCGACAAACAUUGCGGCAGAUCUAUGAAAGGUUAAAGAAUUAACAGAAACCUUAAAUUUUACCUGACUAGUAUUUACUGAAAUUGGUGUAAAACAUUUUGCUUCAGUGCGCUGUUUACUUAUUAGUUAAGUACUCUUUUCUCACGGCU